AUGGCUUCCAACAUCACUUUCACCGGGGUCCUCAACUUCAACUACGCGCCCAAGGUGGUUGAAGUUGACGGCAUCCCCUCCCACCAUCCCGUCAAGGAGAGCUGCCAGCCUUGCUACGGGAUGAAGGUCAAGUGCAGCGGCCACAAUGACAGGGCCCGGCCCUGCCAUCAGUGCAUGACACGCCCCAGCGUGGAAUGCUUCUUUACCCGGUCCAAGCGACCCGUCCGGAGGGGGGCUAACAACGCCGCCGUCCCUGCCGCCUUCCCUCCCGCCGCCCCUUCUGCUGUCCCGGCCGCCGCGUUCCCCGCAGUGGCAGCCCCUGCCUUGGUCUCCUUCUCUCAAGGACCAGUGGCUAUCCCCGCCGCUCCUCCCGCCAUCCCUGGCUUCCCCGCGCCCCCGACGGCCAUGUCCGGUCCCCUUGGCGUUGCGACUCACGGCGCCAAUCCUGCCGACCUCGCCUGGGGCACCCUUGGCCCCUUCCCAGGGGCAACCAACCUCGUGCAGGCUGCUGCUGCAGCUCCUGCCGCCUCCAUCUCGCUUGCGCCCGGCCCUCCGCGCCCGCCCGGUCCCGUGCCCCCGUCCCAGUCCCGGCUGCGGCGGUUCGGCUGCGAGAUCCACCGGGACCUGUACGACGAGCCGCUGGAGCUCUCGCGGCUCGUCAACGCGCCCCAGCACGCGGCGGUCCCAUACUCGGCCGACUCGCUGCUGGGCCAGAACUCGGCCUCGCUCAGGUCGUGCUGGCUGGUCGUCGACUGCCCCCGCUGCGUCGCCCGCCCGGAGGUCGUCGCGGCCACGUACGAGGUCGCGCUCGAGAUGUACACCAUCUACGAGCGCGUCGCCCGCAUCGCCGCCAAUCCCGAGCCAGAGCCCGAGCCCGAGCCCGACCCCACCUUCCCUGCCGCCGCCGCCGUCGUCUCCGGCCCCUUCGCGCUGCCGUCCCCGCCGCCCUCGCCCUUGCUGCCGCUGCCGCUGCGGUUGAGCCGCGACGCCGAGGAGUUCGACUGCCUCGCCGAGCGCGUCGCCGUCCUGCUCGCCCCCUACGACCAGGACGGGGCUGUCGAGCUUUGGAACCGGGCAAAGAACCUCCGGGUAAUUGCCGGUUGGGAGACGGACGAGUCGGGGGAGGAAACGGGUGGGAUCGAGGAGGAGAUUCAGGAUUGGGUUGGCGAGGAAGAGGGGAACUUGCCGUGGUCUGGUGAGGUGGAUAUGGGCCUGUAA